GAUCGAUCCAGAUGGCAGAUCCAAUCCCAUGCCCAUUCUUCCCCGAUCAUUCGUCAUGAAGCCCCUCAUCGCCGUCGUCGGCUCGACAGGCACGGGCAAGUCCAAGCUUGCAGUGGACCUGGCCUCGCGCUUUAACGGGGAGAUCAUCAACGGGGAUGCAAUGCAGAUGUAUUGCGGGCUUCCCAUCAUCACCAACCAGAUCCCCGUCGAGGAGCGCAAUGGCAUUCCGCACCACUUGAUUAGUUGCGUCAAAUUGGAGGAACAGCCGUGGUGGGUGGGCCGAUUCAAGAACGAGUGUCUCCGUCUCAUCGAUGAAAUUCACGGCAGAGGGAAACUUCCUAUCCUGGUCGGCGGCACCCACUACUACACACAACCGGUCCUAUUCAAGAACCAGCUGGUCGGCGAUGAUCCCACCGCGGCGGAAGGGGACGGCGACAGGGAUGAUUCGGAGUCGUCGGCCAAAUGGCCCAUCCUCGACGCGCCCACCGAUGUGCUUUUACAAAAGCUGAGAGAGGUCGACCCGGUCAUGGCGGACCGAUGGCACCCCAAUGAACCGCGCAAGAUUCGUCGCUCGCUGGAGAUUUAUUUCCAAACCGGCAGGCCCGCAUCGGAGGUCUAUGCGGAGCAGCAGCGGUUGAAGCAGGGUCAGCUACGGUUCCCGACCACGGUAUUCUGGGUUCACUCAGAGAAGCAGACUCUCAAUGAUCGACUCGAAAAACGUGUGGAUGCAAUGGUCGAGCAAGGGCUGAUGGGAGAAGCGAAGCGCAUGUCGGAUUAUGUCCAGGAGAAAAAGGCGCAAGGCGUCCCGGUUGACCAGACUCGAGGCGUGUGGGUCUCCAUAGGUUAUAAGGAGCUAGCACCCUAUUUUGAAGCAUUAUCCAGCGGUUCACUGAGCGAAACUGGAUUGGAGUCUCUGAAGAGAUCUUGCGUUGAGUCGGUCAAGAGCGCAACACGGCAAUACGCAAACGCCCAGAUCAAGUUCAUUCGAACCAAGCUAUGCAAAGCCCUCGUGGAUGCGGGCGCGACUGAUCGUCUUUAUCUCCUGGAUAGCACAGACGUUGAGUCCUGGACACAGAGCAUCACAGAGCCGUCCGAGCUUAUUGUCCGCGCUCUGUUGGAUGAUACGCCUGCCCCUGAUCCGAAGUCGCUGUCAGAACUCGCACAUACAGUUUUGGGGGCCAUAGAGACAGAACCACAGAGCGAGUCGACCUUUAUGACAAAAUGCUUCACCUGCGACAUCUGCCAUAAGACGAUGCAGGGCGAGGACCAAUGGCAGAUCCAUAUCAAAGGAGGCGUUCAUAAAAGAACUCUCAGGAGGGCGGCCAAGCUGGCCGCCCGAGACGAGUAUCUACGGCGGCAACAAGAAGCCCCCAAGGAAGAAGACGGUGUAUCUACGUAGGGCCGAGCCAGAUACUCAACCACACCCUUCCCCUGGAAAUUCAUAGACAGACAAACAAACAAAUACACUCCCCCGGAUG